GAAAGGACCGCUUUAAAAUUCAAGGAAAGUUCAACUUUGAAUACAAAGAAACAAACUUGAUCGCCUACCUAUUGAUGAAAGUAAAAGUUUUAAGUCAUUGAACACCGCUAGUUUAAGAGUUGUUGUAUCGAGUAAUAUGUAAAAUUAUUGUUAAACGGGACACAACUAUGAAAGAUGUCUUCAAUAAACGAGCGUAAGAUCAGGGAUGUGCGCGACCUGUGGAACGUCAACAAAGAGAUAGACCAGUGCGACCGCGAGAACCACCCCAAAGUCGACGCGGACCGACACAAACACAAAUACAAAACCCUCGAACGGCAUCUCAGCAUGAAAAAAACCAUCCGGAAGAAAAUGAUGCGAGACCUGAGGGAGAUCGGCGACGCCACCGAAGACAACAACAGCCAGAAUCAACCAGGAGGGUUUUUGGACCAGAUCAAGAACGACCAGCCACCCCCCGCGAACAUCGACAAACCGAGUCUUUGGAAGAGACUCACCAAAGGUUGGGGCCAUUAGCCGCUAUUUCUUUAACGGGGGGGUUUCAAUUCGGAUUGUUAGUGAUAGCUUGUUAGCUUUAAGGAUAUGCUGUUCCUAAAAAUUGGUCGUCGUGCGACCCGCCGAUUCGACAAUCCGUCUUAUCGCUGAUAAGGUUUCGGUGGACGACGGUUCUGUGGUCUUAUUUAAUUUUAGGUGUUUCAGUUUAACAGGUCUUUUUUUAUUUUAGUUUGAUUGCCCAAAUUUUAUUUAUUGUGUUACCAGGUCUAUUUCUUUGUGUGUAUAUAUAUUUUUUUUUUGUCAAAACUGAUUUUAUUGAAACAUGUUUGCAAUGGAUAAUAUAGUUUGUAUAAAAUUGUUCUAAUAAAAUGUUGCUUAAAUCGA